AAACCAUUCAAUUGUAAAAUUGUGAAAUAAAAAUGCAGAAUUUAAUAAAAUUUUUCACAAUUUAUGUACUUCUGUUUACAGUAUUGAGAAAAGCCUCAGCUGACAUUCCCACUUUGGAGCAGAAUAAUUAUGAGUAUAAUUCAAUGGUGACUAUGGCUUUAUUUAAUAAAUUAAAUAUGUUGAUAAAUGAAACACAAAAGUUUAAUGAACAAUUUAAAAAUUUUAACAAAAGAUUACAAUCUCUCGAAAAUAUAAGAAAAUUCAAUCUGCAGAACUUUAAAACAGAAAUACGAGAACUGCUAAAGCAAAACUAUUUGAAAAUGGAAAAUUCCUUGUGGCAAAUGAAUGAGAAAGUAUUGGAAAACUUUGAAUUGCAGAAUAAGACACUAAAAAAUUUGACCACAGAUGUUGGAGUUCUCAAAAAUUUUGAUGCCGCUUCUUUAAAACAAAAUCACAAUUGGCAAACUAUUCUACGACGACAAGAUGGUUCUGAGAAUUUCAAUCGUACUUGGAAUGAAUAUAAAACUGGUUUUGGUCAGAAAAAUGGAGAAUUUUUCAUUGGCCUUGAGAAAUUACAUAUCAUGACCAUGUAUUCCGAACCUCAAGAACUCUUGAUUAUUUUACAGGAUUUCGCUAAUCAAACACGUUAUGCCAAGUACAAUGAUUUUUUAAUAGGCAGUGAAAAUGAAAAAUAUACAAUUAAAAAAUUAGGAAAAUUCUAUGGUGAUGCCAAGGAUUCAUUUUCACAACAUUUAAAUUAUGCUUUUUCCACCUACGAUCAGGAUAAUGCUAAUGCCACAAUGUCCCAUUGUGCAAAAGAGUAUCCAGGUGGUUGGUGGUUUUCGAGUUGUUUCUAUUCCCAUUUAACUGGUCCCUAUUUACGUCAUUCUCAGAUUGAUAAAAAGAAAGAGCAGGGUAUAGUUUGGUAUGCAUGGCAUGGUGUGAAUUAUUCAUUGAAAUACGUAGAAAUGUUGAUAAGACCAAAAUAUGUUUGUAGGGACGAAGAUUACUACUUGUAUUUAAUUUAAUAAAAAUAUUUUUUAUUUUUUCCAAGAAAUACAAACAAUUUUAUCGCAAACUUAUAAA